AUGUCGACUCAACUUCGCUGGGGUCAUUCUCUGACCAUCAGGCAGCAGUACGCGCUUGCCGCUGCCGAGCAAGAGAUCGCGCGAGUUAUUGACAACGAGAGACUUCCCCUCGACAAUUUGCCCCCCGGGUUGGGUGGCGGGCUCCACGAAUUGCCUGAUAUAGCCCCCUCCAACGACAUUCAAGAGGCCCUAGAGAAGCUGAGUCUUGAACGCAUCCAACUUCCAUCUACUCCGCCGAAGGUGGCUAUUGUCGGCGCCGGUGUCGCUGGGCUGUUCCUCGGCAUGAUGCUCGACUAUCUGAACGACCACAUCCCCGAGUUCAACAUCGGCUACGAAAUCUUCGAAGCCAACGACCCCUCUCGGGUGGGCGGACGGAUGUUUACCUACAACUUCAAGCCAGAUCCGCCCCAGAACCCGCAGGGCCCGCACGACUACUACGACGUGGGCGCCAUGCGGUUCCCCCAGAAUCCUGUCAUGAAGCGCGUGUUUGAACUGUUUGAUUGGCUGGAGAUGCCCAUGGGCCCACUAACGAGAGAUACGAAGAAUGGAUCGCUUGUCCCGUACAGCAUGACUAACCCUACGGGAGAGGAUCAAAACGAGCCCUUCCGCUAUAACGACCAAACAAAGUGGGGAUCUUAUGUCAAUAUCGCUGCUAGCGCCGUGGGCAAUGAUGCUUUUGGUUUCAAUCAGGAUCACAGAGACCCCCCGAUCCCAUCAGCCGUCCUCGCCAUGAGUCCCAGCAAGGUUGUUGACGAUGCUAUUGAAGACCUGCGCCAGGCUCUGAGGGAAGAUGCGGAAAACGGGGGCCAGCGGGGUUGGGAACUGCUGAUGAAGUUUGACCAAUACACCACGCGUGCCUGGAUGACUACGAACCAGCAGCAGCCACCGGACACCACGACACCCGACCCCACACGGCCACCCUUCAACACUAGCACCAUCAACUUUCUCGAGACCAUGAAUGGCGGCACCGACUGGUACGACCAAGCGUUCAGUGAGACGGUGCUCGAGUCGCUCGACUUUGACUAUGACAAGUCCACCAAGUGGUGGUGCAUCAUGGGCGGGGCACAGCAGCUCCCGAUGCUGAUGGAGAAGCGGCUCAAGACCAAACCCAUCUACUCCUCGCCCGUCUCCGCCCUUCGCACUACCCUCAUGUUGGAGCAGUCCAGCAAGCUCAAGUUUGCGAUGGAAGUCUCGCUCCAGGGUGACCCGCCUUCCAAGCGCCGCGUCUACGACGGCGUCUUCAACACCACGACGCUCGGCUGCCUCCGGCGCAUCGACACGACGCGAUGCCUCGUGCCCAAUAGCACCAAGAUGGCCCUCCGCAUGCUCGCUUACGGCGAGUCGUGCAAGGUGGGCAUCAAGUUCUCGAGCGCCUGGUGGCGCCAGAGGAUGCCCGGCGGCCAGCGGAUCGAGAAGGGCGGGCUGGGCCACUCGGACCUGCACAUCCGCACGCUCGUGUACCCCUCGUAUAACGUGCUCGACGACCCCUCGGAGCCGUCCGUGCUGCUCGUCUCGUACACGUGGCAGCAGGACGCGGAGCGCAUCGGCGCCCUGAUCUCGCGGGCCUCACCCGCCGGCGAGGACGAGCUCAAGGCGCUGCUGCUGCGCGAGCUGGCGCGGCUGCACACGACGACGCGCGACGACGAGGCGCAGCUGUUCGCCACCAUCUCGGCGUCCUACCUCGACCACUACGCCCACGACUGGUCAGACGACGCCACGACCGCCGGCGCCUUCGCCUUCUUCCGCGCCCAGCAGUUCAGCACGCUGUGGCCCAAGGUCGUGCAGCCAGCCGGCAACCUGGUGCUGAUCGGCGAGGCGUCGAGCCCGCACCACGCGUGGGUCGUCGGCGCCAUUGAGAGCGCCGUCGCCGGCCUGUACGCGUGGCUCUACAGCCGCAUGGACAUCCCCGGCGCCAGGGAGGCCGUCUGGCUAAUCGACGGCACCACGCCCUGGCCAAGGGACGCCGGGCAAGGGCAUAGGCAUCCGCCCUUCCUGGGCCUGCCGAGCUAUCUACCCAAGAAGCACGCGCGCUGGCUGGGAUUGAUUUCGGCCUUGAGAGCCGAGAAGGCGGCGCAGAGGGAGUAG